GGCGGGCGAGUUUCAAGGCCAUGGCGGGAUUCCUUCAAUCGCACCGAUCCAUGGAUCCAUCAUCGGUCACGCGCUCGAUGUCACCUCGUGAAACGAUUUUCAUCGAGAUAGAGCCUCUUGGAAAAUAGAAAAAGCUAAAGCAAAUUCCCUGGCGACGCUAGUACCUUAUCCAAGGUCAAUUCGCCAUGACCCCUCACGGUUGGCUGGAAUUCGCUAUUGCCAUAUUUGCAAUUUCGUGGGACCGCGGUGUCUUUCUACCUGACUGCAUGGUCGUGCGAUUGUCAACCAAUCCUGGAGAGUUUUUUUUGUUUUUUUCUUCUUUUGAUGGUUGUGAAGAGUAUUAAGAGUGUGAGGAGAUUCACGGCGUAAUUUGAUUUCAGAGAUUGGUAGUCUGCUAUGGCGUGCAUUGCAGCGUUGUCGAGCUCUGUGGCUGCCGCUGCGGCGACUAGCAACGUUGCCUCGUCUGCUACGAGGUCGCCUUUGGGUGUGUCAGCCUCGUUGUCGCUUAGGAAGAGCCUGAUCCAUAGCAACAAGGUGGUGUUGAGCUCCCGAAGAGCAGAGUCUGCGGCCAGAAAAAAUCUGUCGAUUCGUGCUACCUCAGACAGCUCCGAUAGCUCUGCUCAAAUUCAAGAAUUCGUCGAAGACCUGAAGGUCAAGUGGGACCAGACCGAGAACAAGACUACCGUCGCAAUCUACGCUGGAGGUGCUCUUGUGACUCUAUGGCUAUCAUCUAUCAUCGUCGGAGCCAUUAACUCCGUUCCCUUGUUGCCCAAGGUCAUGGAGCUUAUCGGUCUAGGAUACACGGGAUGGUUCGUUUACCGCUACUUGCUCUUCAAGUCCAGCCGAAAGGAGCUUGUUGACGACAUCGAGGAGUUAAAGGGAAAGAUCACCGGUGCUGCCAAUGAAGUUGCUGGGAAAUAAGCCAGCUUACUGACUGUAGUAUUCGAUUGUGCUAAUGUGACUAAGACUUUGAACGAAUUUUUGGUGUAUAAUUACAGUGUGGAUUAACGUGUUGGCUGCAGUACAGUUUGAGUUCUGCCAAUUAUCUUUUAAGCGGACCCCUGUUUCUGUUUAUGAGGUUCAGAGUGUUGGAUUUUCGAAUACAGUUUGUGGUACAUUGAGUCGAAUAGAUGAACGUUGUGAGGGACGGCUGUUUUGUUGGAACGCAGUAGAGUCUGAUGUUUUGGGCUCGUUGAUGCCCUUGGUCUAUGAACAUUAAGAUGUGUUCAGUAUUGUAGAAAAUCUCACCUCUGUGACUCUUUACGGGAGUCACAGUUAUGGGUAUGUGUUAAGGUGUUACAUAUGAAUCUCUCGAGUAAAGUUCUGAAUAUGUAGCUCUUUUUCAGACGGAGCGGUCGCCGUCGCGAAAUUCUGACA